CCCGACCUUGCCUUUCACAUCAACAUCCAGUCAGCGGACAUGUUUCGACAACAAUUAAAGAGUGCUUGGGCACGUCGCCCGCAAACAAGCAUAGGGAGGCGACUCCCUGUAUCCCUAUUUCGCGCCGAAUCGACACAGUCAUCACAAGCAUCGCGCAUCGACCGCAUAACUGCGCGCCUCCCACGCCCUCUGCGGAAGUACACCACCGGGCUUCGCAAUGCACCACUCUCCCAUGUUGUAUCCUUCCUUAUUCUACACGAACUUACUGCUAUCCUGCCUCUUUUCGGACUAUUUGCCCUAUUCCAUUAUACAUCAAUAGCGCCGAUUGAGUACAUGACACAGCACUUUGGCGAGUACGUUCAGAGCGGUGUUUCAAGAUUCGAAAAGUACUUCAAGAAGAAAGAGUGGUUUGGGUUCACCAAGGAGGAUUCUACGAUAUCAAAACAGGAAACAGGAAACACUACGGGUGCACAAACAGAUGAUGUGCUUCAAAAGAUAGCAACUGGCGACGCCAAGUACACCGUCUUGAUGGAGGUUGCGUUAGCAUAUGCAAUUACCAAGGCUCUGCUGCCUAUCCGCAUCAUUGGUAGCGUUUGGGCAACGCCUUGGUUUGCAAAGGGUCUCUUACGGGCAAAGGCCCUUAUAACACGGAAAAAGUAACACGGUCACGGAAUUGCUAUUUUUAAAAAAGCUUUUGUAUAAU